CGCGCGAGUGUGCCGUCUAGUCGCGCGCGUCGCACGUGCCACCCCGUGACGAGUCUGUGACGAGUCCGUGACCAGUCUGUGACGCACCGCCAUGAGGAUACUCGUUCUACUAGUCAGUGUCGCGUGUGUCAGUGGGGUGUCCCUGGUCGCCGCCGCCCCCGGAGCCCUGCCCCCGCCAGUCGCAGCCCCCGCGCCGACGAGCGGCGACUACGGCCUGCCGUACGGGGUGCCGCAGACCGCGGGCUUCGGGCCGCAGCCCCAGGACAACCUGGCGCCGCCCGCCUCCCUGCACCGCGGCCACCACUACGCCCCGCUCGACCAGGUGUCCAUGGGGUCGGAGCACGUCGACCACGCCGGGCCGCUGGACGCCGGCGGCUCGGCCCACGACGGCAGCCUCGCCGGGCCGCAGGGCCCGCUGUACCAGCCGCAGGGCCCCGGCCAGUGGAAGAAGAAGCUGACGUGGAAGGCCGAGCAGAAGCAGGAGUGGAAGACCGUCCCCAAGGUGGUGCGCGGCAAGCCCGAGUGGAAGCAGGUCCAGGUGGAGCACUGCGAGCCGACGCAAGUGCAGGUGUGGAAGGACGUGCAGGUGCCCGAGUGGAAGAGCGUCAAGAAGCCCGUCUGGAAGGACGUGCACGUGCAGGCCUGGAAGCAGACGCUGGUGCCCGAGUGGAAGACCAUCAAGAUCCCCGAGUGGAAGGAGAUCGAGAUGCCCGCCUGGAAGGACGAGAUGGUCCAGGAGGACAAGAAGGUGUGGGUGCCCGAGUGGAGCGAGGAGUGGGUGCCGGACGCCGCCAGCCCGCACGGCGGCAACUGGAAGAAGAAGAUGAUUUGGAAGCAGAUCUGGCAGAAGGAGUGGCGGACCGAGAAGAAGCGCAUCUGGGUCAAGGAGAAGCGGCCCGUGUGGCGCGAGGAGUCGCUCAAGAUCAACAAGGUGGAGAGCAAGCAGCUGGUGUGGGUGCCGGACAAGAAGAUGGAGUGGCGCGACGAGAUGGUGCAGGGCUGGCGCACGGAGCAGCGGCCCAUCUGGGUGCAGGAGAAGCGCUGCGAGUGGCGGGACCAGUGGAAGCAGGUCAUCCCAAACACCGUCGUCGACGAGCAGGUGCCCGAGUGGCGCACGGUGUGGCGGCCCGUCUGGGAGUCGGUGUGGGAGCCGGGGCCCCCUGGCGCCGACGCGGCCGCCGCCACCGUGGACCCCGUCGUGGCGGCCGUCCCCGGGCCGGGGCUGGGGGGCCUGCCCGCGCUGCAGGGCGGGCCGCACGCCGAGCCGCCGGGCCCCCUGCCCGUCUCGGCCGCCACCCACACGCCGCACACGCCGCACACGGGCCACGGCUGGGCGGGCGGGCGCUGA